AUGGCAGAGUUUUUAAUGAGCGAAGCCGAUCUCAUGACCCGACAUCUGCGAAUAGCAUCACCAACGAGACGAACGAGCGCGCUACCCACGAAGCAGCCCCCGAAGCAACCCACUAGGCAACCCAUACCGAAAGCAACGAUGUCGGCACCUUGGCGACAGAUGACGGAUCGUGGCGCGGCCGUAUACGCCGCCGUAGAAAAGAGCGAACAGAGUACCGAAUGUCUCUGUUGCGGCGCCGCACACGUAACGCCGAAGUGUAAGAAGCUGAACGACAUGUCGUUAUCGGACAGAUGGGAGUGGGCGAAAACAAAUAAGAUGUGCUUCCAAUGCAUGAACAGCACGCACAGAAGGUUCAAGUGUAAGGCACGCAAAUGUGGUGUGAGAGAGUGUCGUAAGCCACACCACGCCCUGCUGCACCCCCCAGAAGAGCCGCCGAAGCGGCAAGAGGACACCGCGAUUACAGCCGCAGCACGCUUGCCAGAGAACAGCCAAGUGUUGUUAAAGGUGUGUCCCAUCAUCGUGAAAGGCAAGACGGGACGCGAAGUAGAGACGUACGCGAUGCUAGAUGAAGGCUCGACGGUUACACUCAUCGAUGCGGAGAUCGCAGAACAGAUCGGAGCCGAAGGUCCGACGCGAUCUCUGAGAAUUCAGGGAGCGGCCUCGAGCUGGCACGAAGCCUCAAGCCGAGUGGCUGAUGUCAUCAUCAGAGGGCGACACCAUACGGACGAAGAACACUCGGUGAGGGCGCGUACGAUCCGGGAUCUCACCCUAGGAACGCAGCGAGUGAACCCGGAAAUACUCGCGUACGGACACCUGCGACAACUCACUUGCGAGCAAGUGUGCUACGAAGAUGCCAGACCCAAGGUCUUGAUCGGGUCAGACAACUGGCAUCUGAUUGUUACGCGGAAGCUGCUCAUAGGAAGGCAUAAUCAACCCGCAGCGUCGCUGACACGACUGGGAUGGGUCAUCCACGGAACGGUACCCAGAAGUGUCGUGGAAGACGAGGAACAUGUCCUCCACGUGCGGUUGACACAGCGCAACGCCGAGCCAGAUAUGCGGCAUAUAGAGGGCAUAAUAAAAGCGCAUUACGACAUCGACGCGUUGGGUAUAUCGUCGAAGAGAUUACCCAUCGCUAAGGAGGAGCGCGCCGUCGCCACAUUCAACCGCACAGCGACGAGAGUGGAUGGGCGAUACGUCGUAGGAUUGCCGUGGGAGAGAGAUAACGUCAUUCUACCUCCCAGCUACGACAUGGCAGCGAGCCGACUGAGGGGAAUAGAGCGGCGGAUGGAUCGCUCUACGGAAUUCCGGCUGGCGUAUACCGCGGAGAUAGACAAGUUGUUGGACAAGGGUUACGCCGAGAAAGUAACCGACGACCGGUUCAACAACGACCGCGCGUGGUACCUUCCCCAUUUCGGAGUGACGAAUCCGAAUAAACCCGGAAAGCUGCGACUCGUAUUCGACGCCGCGGCCCGUUCGAAGGGAAUGUGCUUGAACGACGCACUGCUAGAUGGGCCAGAUAUGCUACGGUCGCUUAACGGUGUGUUAUACCGUUUCCGCGAGAAGCCCGUAGCUAUCACGGCGGACAUACGAGAGAUGUUCCUGCAGAUUAAGAUAAGGGAAGAAGAUAGAGCAGCACAACAGUUUCUGUGGCGAGGAGAUGACAGGAUUAACCCGCCGCAGAAAUACGUAAUGACCUCAAUGAUUUUCAGGAGGAGAACUGGAAGAAUUUUAAAUUAG